UUUAAAGAGUCUUACAAAAAAAAAGAAAUUUACCAAUAGAGAUAAGCAUACAAGGCUUAUUGACCCUUCUGAUUUGUUAUGGGAUAAGUUUAUCUCAUGCCUUUCACAAAGAUGGAGAGUGGAAGAUUACUUAUGUUGAAAAACAUUAAAAAGCUUCCUCUUAAGUGUCCAAUAUGUGGAAAAAUGUUUAAGAUUCGAAAAGAAAUGAAGGAGCAUGUAUUAAAUCACACGGGAGAGCGUCCCUUUAAAUGUUUGACAUGUGACAAAACCUACAUUAAUUUACAUUAUGUAAAGAGUCAUGUGUUGACACACACAGGGAAGUCUCCUUAUAAGUGCACUCUAUGUGGAAAAUCUGUUACAUCAACAGGCAAUUUAAGGUCACAUACAUUGUGUGUUCAUACAGAAGAGAAACCUUAUAAGUGCACUGAAUGUGGAAAAUCCUUUUCAUUCAAAACAAAUUUGGACUCUCAUACAUUGAAUGUUCAUACAGAAGAAAAACCUUAUAAGUGCACUGAAUGUGGAAAAUCCUUUACAUUAAAAACAAAUUUGGACACUCAUACAUUGAGUGUCCAUACAGAAGAGAAACCUUAUAAGUGCACUGAAUGUGGAAAAUCAUUUGCAUCCAAAAGCAAUUUGAAGACACAUACAUUGAGUAUUCACACAGAAGAGAAACCUUAUAAGUGCACUGAAUGUAGAAAAUCAUUUGCCUUCAAAUCCAUUUUGAUGUCACAUAGAUUGAGUGCUCAUACAGAAGAGAAACCUUAUAAGUGCACUUCAUGUGGAAAAUCAUUUGCCUUGAAAUCCAGUUUGAAGUCACAUACGAGUGUUCAUACAGAAGAGAAAACUCACAAGUGCACUACAUGUGGAAAAUCAUUUUCAUUCAAAGGAAAUUUGAAGUCACAUACAUUGAGUGUUCAUACAGAAGAUAGACCUUAUAAGUGCACUGAAUGUGGAAAAUCCUUUCUAUUCCAAUACCUUUUGAAGUCACAUAAAUUGAGGGUUCAUACAGAAGAGAAUCCUUAUAAGUGCACUGAAUGUGGAAAAUCCUUUUCAUCCAAAAGUAACUUGAAGUCACAUACAUUGAGUGUUCAUACAGAAGAGAAACCUUAUAAGUGCGGUGAAUGUGGAAAAUCAUUUGCCUUGAAAUCCCGUUUAAAGUCACAUACAUUGAGUGUUCAUACAGAAGAGAACCCUUAUAAGUGCACUGAAUGUGGUAAAUCCUUUUCAUUCAAAAAUAAUUUGAAGUCACAUAUAUUGAGUGUUCAUACAGAAGAGAAACCUCACAAGUGCACUACAUGUGGAAAAUCCUUUUCAUUCAAAAAUAAUUUGAAGUCACAUAUAUUGAGUGUUCAUACAGAAGAUAGACCUCAUAAGUGCACCCUAUGUGGAAAAUCAUUUGCCUUGAAAUCCCGUUUGAAGUCACAUACAUUGAGUGUUCAUUCAGAAGAGAACCCUUAUAAGUGCACUGAAUGUGGUAAAUCCUUUGCAUUCCAAUACAUUUUGAAGUCACAUACAUUGAGUGUUCAUACAGAAGAUAGACCUCAUAAGUGCACUGAAUGUGGAAAAUCCUUUCUAUUCCAAUACCUUUUGAAGUCACAUAAAUUAAGAGUUCAUACAGAAGAGAAACCUUAUAAGUGCACUUCAUGUGGAAAAUCAUUUGCCUUGAAAUCCAGUUUGAAGUUACAUACGAGUGUUCAUACAGAAGAGAAAACUCACAAGUGCACUACAUGUGGAAAAUCAUUUUCAUUCAAAGGAAAUUUGAAGUCACAUACAUUGAGUGUUCAUACAAAAGAUAGACCUUAUAAGUGCACUGAAUGUGGACAAUCCUUUCUAUUCCAAUACCUUUUGAAGUCACAUAAAUUGAGUGUUCAUACAGAAGAGAACCCUUAUAAGUGCGCUGAAUGUGGAAAAUCAUUUGCCUUGAAAUCCCGUUUGAAGUCACAUACAUUGAGUGUUCAUACAGAAGAGAACCCUUAUAAGUGCACUGAAUGUGGUAAAUCCUUUGCAUGCAAAGGCAAUUUGAAGUCACAUACAUUGAGUGUUCAUACAGAAGAGAAACCUUAUAAGUGCACUGAAUGUGGUAAAUCCUUUGCAUGCAAAGGCAAUUUGAAGUCACAUACAUUGAGUGUUCAUACAGAAGAGAACCCUUAUAAGUGCACUGAAUGUGGUAAAUCCUUUUCAUCCAAAGGCAAUUUGAAGUCACAUACAUUGAGUGUUCAUACAGAAGAGAAACCUUAUAAGUGCACUGAAUGUGGUAAAUCCUUUGCAUGCAAAGGCAAUUUGAAGUCACAUACAUUGAGUGUUCAUACAGAAGAGAACCCUUAUAAGUGCACUGAAUGUGGUAAAUCCUUUGCAUGCAAAGGCAAUUUGAAGUCACAUACAUUGAGUGUUCAUACAGAAGAGAAACCUUAUAAGUGCACUGAAUGUGGUAAAUCCUUUGCAUGCAAAGGCAAUUUGAAGUCACAUACAUUGAGUGUUCAUACAGAAGAGAACCCUUAUAAGUGCACUGAAUGUGGUAAAUCCUUUUCAUCCAAAGGCAAUUUGAAGUCACAUACAUUGAGUGUUCAUACAGAAGAGAACCCUUAUAAGUGCACUGAAUGUGGUAAAUCCUUUUCAUCCAAAGGCAAUUUGAAGUCACAUACAUUGAGUGUUCAUACAGAAGAGAACCCUUAUAAGUGCACUGAAUGUGGUAAAUCCUUUGCAUGCAAAGGCAAUUUGAAGUCACAUACAUUGAGUGUUCAUACAGAAGAGAAACCUUAUAAGUGCACUGAAUGUGGUAAAUCCUUUGCAUGCAAAGGCAAUUUGAAGUCACAUACAUUGAGUGUUCAUACAGAAGAGAACCCUUAUAAGUGCACUGAAUGUGGUAAAUCCUUUGCAUGCAAAGGCAAUUUGAAGUCACAUACAUUGAGUGUUCAUACAGAAGAGAAACCUUAUAAGUGCGCUGAAUGUGGAAAAUCAUUUGCCUUGAAAUCCCGUUUGAAGUCACACACAUUGAGUGUUCAUACAGAAGAGAAACCUCACUAUGCACUGAAUGUGUCACAUACAUUGAGUGUUCAUACAGAAGAUAGACCUCAUAAGUGCACUGAAUGUGGAUCCUUUUCAUUGAAAAAUAAUUUGAAGUCACAUAUAUUGAGUGUUCAUACAGAAGAGAAACCUUAUCAUUGCACUUCAUGUGGAAAAUCCUUUGCAUGCAAAGGCAAUUUGAAGUCACAUACAUUGAGUGUUCAUACAGAAGAGAACCCUUAUAAGUGCACUGAAUGUGGUAAAUCCUUUGCAUGCAAAGGCAAUUUGAAGUCACAUACAUUGAGUUGCACUACAUGUGGAAAAUCCUUUUCAUUCAAAAAUAAUUUGAAGUCACAUACAUUGAGUGUUCAUACAGAAGAGAAACCUUAUAAGUGCACUGAAUGUGGUAAAUCCUUUGCAUGCAAAGGCAAUUUGAAGUCACAUACAUUGAGUGUUCAUACAGAAGAGAACCCUUAUAAGUGCACUGAAUGUGGUAAAUCCUUUGCAUGCAAAGGCAAUUUGAAGUCACAUACAUUGAGUGUUCAUACAGAAGAGAAACCUUAUAAGUGCGCUGAAUGUGGAAAAUCAUUUGCCUUGAGAUCCCCACCACGCAUGGCCAUUUUAAACUUACACAACGAGCACUACAUCAACUCCAGCCACAGCUACACACUUCACCAACACAGAGAGCGAUGUCCACAGGGCAAACGCGCAGAUGUCUGUGAUCCUAUAGUAGCAACUGCAGUCAACCGCGGCGACUACCGCCCUCAUGUGUACGCUCUCAUGCCAACUCUAACAUUAGCAGUGUACGAAAGCACAGAGAAGUAA